GGAGCCCGAGAUUCAGCCUGCGCUCGGCCAAUUGGGCCUGGAGGCUAUUUUGAAAUCGCUCUUGUCGCAGCCAAUAGGUGUGCGGGAAGCGAAGCCCCACGCUGAUACCGGCGAAUGAGCGAGGCGUGAUGCUAAGGAGCCGGGGGCCUGGCCCCGCCGACUGUCACCAGGUUAAAGAUGGAGCCGGUGGGCGAGAGGGCGCCACGAGGUGCGGGGUAGUCUUGAUGCAGACGACGGGAGCAGAUGACUGCCGGGAUCUCUCUCUCGCUAACUUUCCCCAUCAUUCCCGGGCCCAGGGCGGAAGGAGUGUCCCGCCGCGCAACCUGGGCAGGCUCUCAACCCCUCCCAGAUGGAGGUCCUGGACGAGUUUGACAGCGAGUUCCCCCAGAGUGUGACCUUUUGCCAGCUCAUCUCCGAGGAAGACUUCGAGAGGCAGGCGGCGACUUGCACAGAACGCGCACUGCGUCGCCUCUUCCGCAGCCUCGACCGCAAUCCGGCGCUGGCCGAGAGGGUGGUGCGCAAGGGCAAGCAGGCCGAAUGCGAGCAGCGCGGACUCCUUUCCUUCCUCUGGGCGAAGUUUUUCACCGCAGUCCAGGGGGAGCUGAACUGUUGCAACAGCAUGGGCGCCCUGGAGAUGCACCAGCGCCUGGAGCAGCUGAAGAGGAGCAUCUACCGCGUGCACCAGUACUCCCAGGGUGAGGCUCGACCUCUGCCUGGCUCAGAUGCCAAGAAGAAGAGAAGGAAGCCAAAAUCGAAGAAACAAGAAUCCAUCCUCUUGCAGAGCCGGUUAAGCUCCUUGUGCCUGCCAUCAACACUACUGCCACCUCCGCCACUGCCACCUCCUGCCACUACCAUGGCCUCUGUGGUGGCCCCAUCACCCUCUGUCUACACUAUGCCCAGGGUCUUUGGCCCCUUUCCUCCGCUGCCCAGAAAGUCGGUGGAGAAACUGGAAGUUUCAAGCUCUGAAGUGAAAUUAAACCGGACUGGCCUGUCACGGAAUCCAAAGAGCCACAUGGUUGAUCUGACUCCCUUGGUCCUCAGCCCUGGAGGCUUCCAUUUCUCGUACCUGCCUGGAAACAGUGCACACAAGCUCCAUGGCCCUGGCUUCCCCUGGACCUCAGCCUGUAGUGACUCCCCCAACACCGAGGAGACACCAUCCCCUUCUGUGAAGGCCUCCACCUUUACUCCAUCUGUCCUGCUCAAGUUCCAGCCUGUGCCCAGACCUAAAGAUGACUCAGAGAAUGACCCUGGCAGCGCAGAGUCUGUCCCACACAAGAGGAGCCCAUAACCUCUUCCCUACAGACCAUGGUGUAGGAACGAAUAAAGCUCCCAUGGAGGUCC